CCUGCCCUAGUCUAAAGGAAGAAGCAUUGCACAAUGAAGUGCUUCACAAUGCGGAAGCAAAGCUUGUGCUAGUGUACAGCAUUACUCUGCCUAUAUCCUCUGACUGUAACUCUCACACAGCUAUUUAGCAAUUAAUAAUAAGUUAGUACGCGUUGCUAAGCUUAGGCAGUGAGAUACCUAGCGAACUGCCUUAUCUGAACAUGACAACGAACUUGGUGGCAAAGCUGGUGAUGACAGGAGACUCAGAUGUAGGGAAAACCUGCAUUGUCACCAGAUUCACGGACAACACUGUCCCCUCCUACAUCUCAACAGUAGGCAUUGACUUUAAAACGAAAACCAUCCAUAUUGAUGGAAACACAUUAAAACUGCAGAUAUGGGACACUGCAGGACAAGAGAGAUUUCACACACUGAGUGUAAGCUAUUUUCGCGGAGCUCAAGGGUUUGUCCUGGUUUAUGACAUCACAAACCUCAAUUCAUUUAGAAAUAUAGCUGUAUGGAUGAAAGACAUUCAAAUGAAAGCUGGUGAAGACGUUGAGGUCGUUCUCUUGGGAAAUAAGUGUGACAAGGAAGACGAACGCGAGGUUUCAAAAGAAAAAGGGGAAAAGCUUGCUUGGGAGUUUGGGAUACCAUUUUUUGAAACAAGUGCUAAAGAAAAUAUAAAUAUUGAAAAUGCAUUUUUGAUAUUGGCAGAAGCAAUAUAUGCAAAGAGAUCAUCUUUAUUACGUAACCACAAUGUGGUGAGUUUGAAAGAAAGAAAGAAAAAGUCUGAGUGCACGACGUGCAGGUGAUUUGGUCGAAUCUCUGAAGAUUUUCAAAGCAAAUGACUGCUGGCUGCAAAGUGAAAGACAGAAUACUAUGUGCGCUAUAUUAAUGUUAACAACAAACACGUUCCAAAUCAUUGUUUGUUUGUUAGUUUUUUAUUUAAAGGGACAGUAAAAUCAAAAUUAAACUUCAUGAUUCAGAUAGAUCAUAGAGUGUAAAAAAAAAUUCUAAUUUACUUUUUACUAUUUUUAUACUAUUAUCAAAUUUACUCUGCUCUCUUGGUAUCAUUUGUUGAAGAGAAAACCUAGGUAGGCCCAGGAGCAGCAAUGCAUUGUUUGGACCUAGCUGAUGAUUGAUGGAUACACAUGCAGUAUUUCCCUCUUGUCAUUGGCUCAUCACUAGCUCCCAGUAGUGUACUGCUGUUUCUGAGCCUACUCUUCAACAAAGGAUACCAAGAGAACUAAGAAAAUCUGAUAAUAGAAGCAAAUUGGAAAGUUUAAAAUUGCACGCGCUGUCUGAAUCUUGACAGUUUAAUUUUGACUUCCCUAUCCCUUUACUUUUCAGUUGGUAUAGACAUAAUUUGGUAAAGGCAAUAAAAUGUUAUUACAUGUGACAGAUUUGUUUCCAAUAUGGAGCUAGUUUACUCUUUAGUUUUUCUUGCACAGAUGUGUAAAAUGUAUGCUUCUCUCUAUGUACUGUAUUGUAAUAUAUGUAGAAAUAGAUUUGAUCCAUAACAAUCUCUUGACAGAAGCUCUGAUUCAGGCAUUUUACUAGAAGAGCCAAUAGUGUGCGAGAUCUGCUGGCACUCUACAAAUGAAUGAUAAUAAUGAUAACAAUAGAACAUUUCUGUCAAAUGCUAUCAGUCUCAUAUGUGCCACUCACUUUGGAAUAUCAAGAGAUUAAUUGAUAACAAAAGUCCUGAAUUAAAUUGGUCAACGUUUUUUUAUUUUCUUGAAUAUUUUCAACUUUGGGUAGCUCUUUACAUAUUUCAGCUUUUGUUAAAGCUUAAAGGGGCAUGAGACUAAACUUACAUGGAUCAGGUAAAGCACGAGAAAAAAACUCACAUUUACGGUUAUUUAAUUUGCUUUGUUCCUAUGCAUCCUUUGUUUAAGAACAUACCUAGUAAGGCACAGGAGUGUUUACAUGUGUUAGCAGUCUAUGACAACAGUGUUUCCAACAAUUAUUGCAAUGUUAUACGUUGUUGCAAAAACUUCUGCUAUAGAGUACUAAAGAAACAUGCAUGAUCAUGAGCCUAUCAAGGUAUGUUCUUCAGCAAAGGAUACAGAAAGAAUGAAGUAAAUUUGAAAGUCACAUCCUGACUUUCAUUUCCCUUUAAGGGUGACUGAUUUGCUCUUAGGGAGCUCAUGCUUUGGUAAAAUUCUAAUCAAAAUUUUUUGCCUCAUAAUAGUCAUUAGAUUUUUUUGUCAGUUCUGCAAACAAUUCAUUCCAUGUUAAAUGUUGCAUUUUCCUGCCUAUACUGAACAUUUCUAAUAUCAAGAUCCGUUUGUAAAUUCAAGUAUAUAAAUGUAAAGCCAGAUAGUUUGACUUUGUGGUACUUCUAAAAGCCUAAAGAUAAUACAGUUGUUUAAAUCUAGAUGGCAUGCAAGGAAAAAAAAACCUCCAGAAAGUUACAUAGUUUAUAUAACCCAUCACACAUUUUCCAUUGUUUUUCGGCACUGACAUGUGUGCGUACAUAUGUAUUUAUGUAUUUACAGACCUAUAUAUACACACAUAUAGUCACAUAGAUACAUAUACACAUACACACACACACACACAUAUAUAUAUAUAUAUAUAUAUAUAUAUAUAUAUAUAAGUGCAUUGGAGCCCUUUACAGUCAAGUAGAUGAAAACAUGAAAAAGCAUAUUUAUGCAAUAUUCAUAUUUAAUAAAGGGAGAGAUUACAAGUGGCACGGUUUUUUAAUUUUUUUUGCUAUCGCAAAAACUCAGCUAGAGUUAAGCUUUUUGCACUAGUCGGGUUACAUUCAUAUUACAAGUUAAAAAAAAUUUAUUUUGCACAAGCGGUAACCCGAAUAGCGCAGAAAUACUAAUUUAAGUUUUCACAUGUGCAUGUAUUCCACCAUAGAAAUAAAUGGAGAAAAAAACAACAACACCCGAGAUCGAGUAAACACAAUCGCAUUUUCGCAUUCCCCAUAGAAGUCAAUGGAGAGAAAAACCCAAUGCGCAAACAACAUAGCAUAUUCGCAUUAGCAAAUGUGAAAUAUUUACAGAAAAUACAUAGUUAAAAUCUUUAUUAAAUAUAAAUAUUGCAUAUUUAUGUUUUUACAUCUCUAAUUCAUAUAUAUAUAUAUAUAUAUAUAUAUAUAUAUAUAUAUAUGUACAUAAUGUAUUUAUAUGUGUAUAUAUGUAUUGACAGACAUAUAUACACAUAACUAUAUAAUAUAUAUGUACACAUAUAUAGACAUAUCUAUAUACAUCUUUAGCAAUGUAUUUGUAUGUAUCUCUAUGUUAAAGUACUUUGGCAACUUUUUUUUUCCUAACAAACUGAGAUCUCAUAUCUUUGAACCCUUAUAACUUUUUUGUGCAAUAUUUUUUUUAAAAGAUUUUUUUAGUAGACAGUGUUAUUGUGAGUGUAACUGUACUUUAUAAUUUGUUUUUGAAGUGUUUUGUGCAAAUUUUUACUUUUGGAAAACAGUUAAUCACAGCUCUGAGAUCGCAAUUUUGCGAAAUUAAAAAGGCUCACGAAAAGAUGAGAUCACUUGCGCAAAACAGUUUGUGCCUCACCUGUAAUCUAUCUCAAAGUGUUAAACUAUGUAUUUAUUGUAAAUAUUUGACAUUCCAAUGUUAUUCACAUAUGGGGAUAUGUUCUAUAUAUUUUUAAAUAGAUAUUCAUAUACAGUAUAUAUAUAUAUAUAUAUAUAUAUACAUACAGUAUAUAUAUAUAUAUAUAUAUAUCUGUAUAUAUCUAUACUUAGAAACAAAACAAAACAGAGCGCUAUAUAGAGGAGUGCUACACAGAGACAAAUGACCCUCACAGUAGUACAGAUGGAUACAAAAAUGGCUAGUCUCUUGUAGAUUCCUAUACAAAUGUAUUCACCGAAUGAGCACUCAAAAAAGUUACUAGUUAGCUAGGGGUGCUUGUAAAAGUUUUUUUCGUCAGAUUCUCAAAGUCUUAGUGGAGGUAGAUCUUCAUACUGUGUACUCAGUGGUGCAGCUGAUGUUAGCCGGACACGCACAGUGCUUGAUCCGUUUGGUAAAUAUGCAAGAAAAAAGAACAAAGCACAAUUCACAGUACUGUUUAAUACAACAACACACACAUCUGCUAAAAUUGCACUUACAAAAAAUAAAAAUAAAAAAUCUUAUUACAAA